CGCCGCCCGCCUCCAAUCGCGGGGCCGGGGCGGAGCGCUGCGGAGCAGUGACAUUGAGGGGAGCCGCGCAGGGCCGGGCGGCGGGCAGCGACAUGUGGGGCCGCGCCGAUAAGGCUGUUAAGCUGCUGGAAAGAAACAUUCCCUCCUUUCUGAGGAUGAGUCGGGGAGUGGGGCCGAAGGUGAGCAGGAGGCUCUGCAGCAAACCCCAGGAGGAAAGUCCAGUGCAGCCAAGAGGUCAGCCUGUUUUCCGGGUGCCUGGACACAAGCCUACAAACUGGGAGAAGAAAUGUUUGCUGUGGGCAGGCCAUUUCAAGAAGCCAGAGGAUAUACCAGAGGUUGUCUCGAUUGAAGUAAUCCGAGCAGCACAAACCACUCUGCGGGUGAAGUUCAGCUACGUAAUGAUUGCCUUGACAAUAAUGGGGUGCAUAGCGAUGGUGAUCCGAGGGAAGCAGGCUGUAAAAAGGCACGAAACUCUUACAGCCAUCAACCUGGAGAAGAAAGCUCAAUGGAAGGAAGAAGCUCAGAGUGCAUCUGCUAAACCUUAGAGGAGAAAAGGAAGAAACCAAGAAUGGGGAAAGAAAAGCUGCUGUCCUUUUCAGCGAGUUGCAUCUUUUUUGUGUUCAGCGUUUGUGUUCAAGAAUGAAUGCAUUAUGCUGUAGUCAUUAAAAACAAACAUCUGUUUUCUUCCUGAUACCUUUCCUCCAAACGCUUUUUCAAUGCAUUUAACUUUACUUCAUUCAUUAACUGUAUUAUAACUCAUUACUUCAGUCAUCCACUAUUGCUGACUAUUCCAGCUCCCUUCAGAAAGAAUAUUAUAUGGAUUCCAUAUUUACAGGCUCCCUAAAACUUUCUGCAUGAGAGAGCAAUUAUUAGGCAAGUCCUUGACAUGAGAGUAAUUGUAUGAACUACAUUAACACUGUCAAAAUGAUCAGAAGUUACUGGAAAGCUUGUUUACUUAUUCUAGGUCCAAUAUAUUCUCGCCUUCUUUUGCUAAAAAAUGGGAGAGGGAAUGAUAGCGAAAUAGCAUUCUGCAGAAACAAUGUGUUGUAAAUAAGAACCACAUUUUUUGACUUUUUUUUUUUUUUUUUUAAACACUGAGUUAGCAGUGAGGUAAGAGGAAAUUAAAAUUAAGAGAAGUAUUUUAAAGAAUACUGAGCAUCAGCUUCAGCCUGUGCUAUCCAGUUGUUUACUUAGAGGAAUAGGAGAAAGUCAGUCAAGCAUUUCUGCUCUCUGGUGCCAAGCUCUUUUUCAAAAUUUAUUUGGAUUUAUUUGCAUAUUUUCCCUUUAAAUUGCCAUCUGCGCUUUCAUGAUGCUAACCUCAAGUUUCAGAAGCAGACCCCCUUCCUAAUAGCCCUGUUUCUGGCAUCGUGUCAGAAGAGUUGCAUACUGUUUGUGCUAAAGAGCAUUCAGCAGUUGGAGACCAGUGUUUUUUCUUCCUCUCAGUACAGCAGACUGGGAUCAUCAUGGAUGUUCAGAUGUAUUUUCCCAGGACUGCCUGUUAAGUGGCUCCCAGGGACUCCAGAAACAGAAGAGGUAUGUGUUUGACAGAUGUAGUUUGUGAGUAUUUUGCAAGCACAAGGCAGAUAGUUUUUCCUGAAACUUUUCUUCCUUGUGCUACUGAAAAUUAGCAACAUUGCUGAAGAAAUUAAAAGUCCUUCAAAAAUGCAAA